GAGGGAAUUGAAGUGGAGUUGAUGAGGGAGGUUCAAAGCAGCUUGUGUUUGGUGAAGCCCACGUUCAGACCAGGAGGGAUUUGUUUGAUGUGACUUGUGGUUUGAAGAAAGGACAUUGACCCUGGUGGUGAAAGGAAAGACGAUAUUGAGAAGAGAGAGAGAGAGAGGGAGGAAGAGAAAGAGAAAGAAAAAGGUGUCUCAGCCUGCAAGACACAUGCCUGACUUGCACACAGAAAGUUGGUUAGACAUAGAGGAACCAGAACUACUGAGAUACUGGUGGCUUUCGAAGUCUCGGUUAUAUUAUCUCACUGAACCUCCAGGACGACGGUGUAACUGUUUAACUCCUACUAAUCAAUACUCAGAGCUCCAGUUGUCAUGGCUUCACUUGAUUGGCUGAUUGUUGCUGUAGCUGGUUUCACUGUAUUUCAAAUUAUGUUUCAUUAUUUAAGUGCAAGGAUAUCUGUAUUUUUCUGCAAGGGUUAUCGAACACUGACUGACAUUCAGAAGACUGAAUGGAACUCCAGGGUGGUGUCCACAUUCCAUGCCCUGGUGGUUGGGCUAUUGUGUCUGUACUUGUUGUGGUUUGAUGAUGCUGUUAAUGCUGAUCCUAUCUGGGGGGAGCCUACACUGGUAAAAUUAAAUGUUGGUCUAACUGCAGGCUACCUCAUUUCAGAUUUCCUGCUUAUUUUGUGGUAUUGGAAAGCAAUUGGAGACAUAUUCUUUAUUAUCCACCAUUUGACCGCACUGUACGCUUACUACUAUGUACUGGGACAAGGAUUGCUGCCAUAUUUUGCUAACUUCCGUCUGGUUGCAGAAUUUUCAACUCCUUUUGUUAAUCAGCGGUGGUUUUUUGAAGCAUUAGGUUAUCCAAAAACUUCCAUGCCAAAUAUUAUUAAUGGGUUUCUGAUGAUGAUGGUAUUCUUCCUGGUGAGAAUUGCCGUCAUGCCUCCAUAUUAUAGCAAAAUGAUUUCCACAUUUGGAACAGAGGCCUUUCACAAGCUUGGACUACGAGCACAAUUUGCUUGGAUCGCUGCCAGCAUUUGCUUAGAUGUUAUGAAUAUAAUGUGGAUGUAUAAGAUUGGAAGGGGAUGCUACAAGGUUUUGGUUGCCUGCAAGAAGCAACUGGCAGACGUUCGGGAAAAUGGAAAACAACGGUAGAGAUUUGCUUUGCUUGGAGUGAAUUUUUUUAAAAGCUUUUUUAACAGGAGCGUUUAUAGUUGGUGUUUUGUUCGUGAUGGUGCAACUUAAUUGCAUAAGCCAACAAUGUACUGUAUCACUUCAAAGAACUGUUUAUGCAAAUACAGGUGACCAUUGAAUUUUGGAACUUAUAUUUAUGACUUUGCAAAAGUAGAGUGUACAAGUUGAAUAUGCACUGAAUAACGAUCACUUUUUUCAUACUUACAAAUAGUAAGUGGAAGCUCUGACUGCAUGCUGGUUACAUCCGACUCUGAAUUUUCUCCAUUAAGCACUGUUUUAGGUUUGCACUAUUUAUUUUGAAACAAAUUGUAAUGCUUUAAACAUUGCAAACCAAUUGUAUGCCUGCAUCAAGACCUCGCUUUGCCAUGAAGGAAACUAUUUUUAGAAUACAUCUAAACAGCAGUUUCAAGGAUGUUCAUGCCAACCACGACCAACAAAUUCUUCACUGGAAACUAGCAAGAAUAACUUACAUUUAUAUUGUGCCUUUCACAGAGGAAAAAGUCCCAAGGAACAGCUAUGAAGGAAGCAGCCAUGUUCCUGCAGGAUUGGAGGAUCAAUCUGUCUAUUUGCAUGCAUAAGUAGACUAUUAAUAUCUUUUAUUUGUAUUUUACUAUCUAAAUUCAUCAAUUGUGUUUUUAAAUUACAUAAAUAUUAAGAAGUUUCAUUAUGCGAAGUCAUUUAAUGUGAUCUUGCCAUCUGGAACUUAUACAAAAGAGGUUGCCUAAUCUUUUUUGUCUUCAAAAUUAUUAACAAUAUUGUAUGUAGACAAUAGGAAAUCUCUUUUUUCAGUUGAACUUAAAAAUAUAGUUCUACAGAUUACAUUCACAAGACUUGCAGUGAAUAAUCUGUGCCAUAUGUGAUUUUAUAAUGUUGUACAAUAAUUAGUGGUGAAGGGGUUGUAAACCUCUACUUUUUAUAGCUUUGAUUUUUGGUUUUGAGUAAUAUUUUAAAUUGAAAAUGUACUAGUGUACAAAAUAUAAUAUAGAUUUUAAUAGACUUGUCAAUUCUGUAUCUUGGAACAUUAAGAUCUCAAUUCACAUGAGAUAGAUGAAACUAUAAUGGUUUGCAUUUUUAAAUUAUAGUAAUAACAUCCAAUGAAUGUUUUUUUAUCAGUCUUUAGUGCUCACAGUUGUGUUGACCAGCUCUCCUUACUCAUGAUCUCAAAACCAUAAGACAUAGGAGCAGAAAUUAAGCCAUUCGGCCCAUCGAGUCUGCCCUGCCAUUCAAUCAUGGCUGAUAAGUUUCUCAACCCCAUUCUCCCACCUUCUCCCCGUAACCUUUG